AUGCUUCGCACCACCCGCCAGCUGUCGAUGGCGCGCGCGCCGUUCGCGCGCUGCCUUUCGAGCGCCUUCGAGGCGGUUCCCGCACAGGCAUCCUGUAUGAUCAUCGCGGCCCGGGCCCCGGCCAGCGAGACCCCCGCCCCGGAAGAUGGCUUCCGGCUGCUGUUCCUCAAGCGCUCGGCCACCAUGCGCUUCCAGCCGAACUUCCACGCUUUCCCCGGGGGCAAGGUCGACCCGACCGAUGCCCUGCUGGCGCAGGCCCUUCGCGAGGCGGCCUUCCCCACGCUGGAUGCCAGUGCGGCCGUCGAUCGCUCGGCCAACUGGCACGCGGACAUCGACGCGCGGGCCAUCUUCCUGCGGGACCGGGCGCCCUCGCUGGAUGCCCCACUGGGCCCGGACGCGAUGCUCAUCACCCGCGCCUGCCGGCCGCCCUUCUCCAACCGGGCCGAGCUGCCGGUCCUGGGGGAUCUGCCGGCGGCGCGGGCCCCGCGGCCGGCCCCGGCCACCCGGACCACGGUCCUGCUGCCGGGCGACGCGGACUACCCGCGGCACCUGGCGGCCUUGCUGGCGGCGCAGGGGCCGGAUGCGCGGGCACCGGCGCCGGACGCCGUGCCGGUGGCCGCCGCCACCCCCGGGGCCGCUCCCCGCCGCCGGCGCCUGGUGCGCUUCGACCUGGACGAGGAGGACCCGCCCGGCGCCGAGGCGCCCUUCCUGCUGCUGCGCUGA